GAAUAUUCAGAGAAAAGCGUAACAGUGAGUCUUGAGGGAGGAAUCUGGUAAAUGAAACUCGAUUUUAGACAUGGAAAUCGCCUUUUAAGUGUGAUGCUGGGAAUCCAUGCCUUCAUCCUGCCCCGAGAAGACUAGCCUCACUCACGCGUCUGACCGCUGGAGGAAGGCUGGAACUUUUGAAGGCGCUGCGUCUGGUCGCUCGUAUCCAGUGUGAGUGAACGGUGGGAUGAAACUCUUCUUGUUUGCUUCAUUCCUCACGUGCUGUCACGGACAUAUUCGACCUAGGAAGCCAACGGCAGCUCCAGCUAAUAAUGCGGCGUGAUUGAUCAUUGGCAGGAGACAAUACCCAUCCACUCCUUUCCAUUCCUACAAAAUCGCUGGAUAUCUGUGGGCGAAGAGGCGUUUGUUCCGCGGUGUUUCUCGCUGUGACAGGACUUAUUUCGUUUAGAUCAAUAUGACGUCUCCGGCUAAAUUCCGAAAGGACAAGGAGAUUAUAGCUGAAUAUGAAACGCAAGUUAAAGAGAUCCGAGCCCAGUUGGUGGAGCAGCUUAAGUGUUUGGACCAGCAAUGUGAGCUCCGUGUGCAGCUCCUGCAGGACCUGCAGGACUUCUUCCGCAAGAAGGCUGAGAUCGAGAUGGACUACUCCCGCAACCUAGAGAAACUAGCCGAGAGGUUCCUGGCCAAGACUCGCUACACAAAAGACCCUCAAUUCAAAAAAGAGCAGAAUGUCUUGUCUCCAGUCAACUGCUGGAACCUUCUCUUGGCUCAGGUGAAGAGAGAGAGUCGAGACCAUGCCACACUCAGCGAUCUCUACCUCAACAACAUCAUCCCACGCUUCGCCCAGGUCAGCGAGGACUCAGGACGCCUCUUCAAAAAGAGUAAAGAAGUGGGCCUCCAGCUGCAGGAGGAUCUGAUGAAGGUCCUCAAUGAGUUGUACACGGUGAUGAAGACCUAUCACAUGUACAACAUGGACAGCAUCAACGCUGAAAGCAAGCUGAAGGAGGCAGAAAAGCAGGAGGAGAAACAGAUGAGCCGCAGCAUCCGACACGAGGACAGGCAGACCCCUCGCUCGCCCGACUCCCUGACACACAUCAAGAUAGAGGAGAAACACGUGCGCCGCAGCUCUGUCAAGAAGAUCGAGAAAAUGAAGGAGAAGCGGCAAGCAAAAUACACUGAGAACAAGCUGAAAGCCAUCAAGGCCAGGAAUGAGUAUCUUCUGGCUCUGGAGGCCACCAACAGCUGCGUCUUCAAAUACUACAUCCAUGAUCUGUCUGACCUCAUAGAUUGCUGUGACCUGGGCUACCAUGCCAGCCUGAACCGUGCACUGCGUACCUGCCUCUCGGCCGAGUUUAACGUGGAGACUUCCAAGCACGGUGGUCUGGAGACCAUUGAGAACGCUGCUGAGAACCUGGAGGCCAAUGCAGACAAACAAAGGCUCAUGGAGACCUACAACAACGUCUUCUGCCCUCCGAUGCGCUUCGAUUUCCAGUCUCACAUGGGUGAUAUGGUGGGACAUAUGUGUGCCCAGCUGCCCGUGCAGGGAGAGCUGAUCCAGAGAUGCCAGCAGCUACAGUCCCGCCUGUCCACACUGAAAAUAGAGAAUGAAGAGGUGAAGAAGACAAUGGAGGCCACUCUACAGACCAUCCAGGACAUGGUGACCAUUGAGGACUUUGAUGUGACUGACUGCUUCCACCACAGUAACUCGAUGGAGUCGGUCAAGUCCACUGUGUCUGAAUCUUUCAUGAGCAAACCCAGCCUGGCCAAGAGACGAGCCAACCAGCAGGAGACGGAACAGUUCUACUUCACGAAACUGAAGGAAUUUCUGGAGGGCAGGAACCUCAUCACCAAACUACAGGCUAAACAUGACCUGAUCCAAAAGACUUUGGGAGAAAGUCAGAAGACCGACUACUGCCUUGCCAGCGGACGGAGGAACUCCACUGUUCGGAAACAGGAGUCCAGCCAAAUCAUUCCCCUGAUGGUGGAGAGUUGUAUUCGCUUCAUCAGUCGACACGGUCUCCAUCACGAGGGGAUAUUCAGGGUGUCUGGCUCCCAGGUGGAAGUCAAUGAUAUUAAGAGCGCUUUUGAAAGAGGUGAGGACCCGCUGGCUGGGGACCAGAAUGAUCACGAUAUGGACUCCAUCGCUGGAGUGUUAAAGCUCUACUUCAGAGGCCUGGAGAACGCCCUCUUUCCUAAGGAAGUCUUCCAUGACCUAAUGUCCUGUGUCUCCAUGGAGAACCUCCAGGACAGAGCUGUCCACAUCCGCAAAGUCCUGCUGUCUCUACCCAGCAACACCCUGGUUAUCAUGAGAUACCUGUUCGCUUUCCUCAACCACCUGUCCCAGUACAGUGACGACAACAUGAUGGACCCCUACAACCUGGCUAUCUGCUUCGGCCCCACACUCAUGUCUGUGCCCGAGGGCCACGACCAAGUCUCCUGCCAGGCACAUGUGAACGAGCUCAUCAAAACCAUUAUUAUCCAUCACGAGUGCAUCUUUCCAGGGCCCCGUGAGCUGGAGGGGCCCAUCUAUGACCGUGGAGGAGCCGCUGAGGAAUACUGUGAUAAUCCACACAUUGAGCCCCCUCUAGUGGAUGAACCUGCACCUGACACCGUCUCUGAAAUCCACAACAGUGAUGAUGUAGUAAAGUCAGGGUCCUUGAACGUUUCAGAGUCUGACCCUAUUGAGGCCAUCGCACGUUUUGACUACUCUGGACGCACCAACCGUGAGCUUUCCUUUAAGAAGGGGGCGCCUUUGCUGCUGUACCACCGUGCAUCUGAGGAUUGGUGGGAGGGUCGCCACAACGGCACUGAUGGACUGGUGCCGCACCAGUACAUAGUAGUGCAAGACAUGCCGGAUGGAUAUGCAGGCAGAGGAAGUCCCAAAGCUGACCUAGAGGCUUCCCAUGAUGCUGUGGAAGAGAAGGUGUCCACCAGAGCCAGUGCUAGCUCACCCACUGGAGGUCAUGUAGCUGAUAUCUACCUAGCUAACCUCAACAAGAUGAGAAAACGGCCUGAAGCGACCAGCAUCCGUAGACCAAUCCGGCCAGUGGAGGGACUAGGUGAGGGCUCAUCCGGAGCAGCAGGGGGUUUAAAGACCUCCUCCAUGCCGGCAGGUGGAUAUGCCAAGGAGGGCACAGACAAGCGGCCGGUCAGUGCUCACAGUGUUCUAAACUCCAUCACCCGACACUCCUCUCUGAAGGUAGAAGGUCCUCAGCUCCGCAAGUCCACUCCUGCAGGACGAUCAAAGAGUUUCAGCAAUCACAGACCACUUGACCCAGAGGUCAUCGCUCAGGUGGAGCACAGCUCACAGGACAUUGAGGCGACUAUGAACACUGCUCUAAGUGAGCUGCGAGAGCUGGAGAGGCAGAGCAACGUCAAACACGCCCCUGACGUGGUGCUUGACACUCUAGAGCAACUGAAAAGCGGCGGGGCGGCUGAACAGAGGAGUGUCUGUCUGUCCGCUUCCAGCUCCACCUUCAGAGAUAACAAACCCCCAGCCACCAGACCCAAGCCUGUGGUGUUCCCAAAAAGCAGUUCGGCCGGGGGCAGUCCGGCGAUGGGAUCCCCGACCACCACCAUACCGCCAACACCACCACCCCCUCCACCACCCACCGACAAGUCCUGCCCGACUGAUUUUAUAGGAAAGGGGUCAAACUUUGAGGACGAACGAGCAGUGGAUGUGCUUUCCGAGGACACUUUCUUCCCCUCAGACUUUGGUGCUGGUGCAGCUUGA